AUGGAGGAGAACAGUUCUGUUAGUGAGCACAUACUCAGAAUGUCUGGGUUGCAUAACCGCUUGUCUCAGCUGGGAGUCAAUCUCCCGGAUAAUAAAACCACUAAGUUCAAGAAGGGCAAGGGUAAGAAGAACUUCAAGAAGGACGGCAAGGGAGUUGCCGCGCCCGGUAAACCAGUUACUGGGAAGAAGUCAAAGAAUGGACCCAAGCCCGAGACUGAGUGCUUUUAUUGCAAGGGAAGUGGUCACAUUGGUGUCAAGCGCAUGAAGAAGCUCCAUGCAGAUGGACUUUUGGAGUCUCUUGAUUAUGAAUCAUUUGACACGUGCGAACCAUGCCUCAUGGGUAAGAUGACCAAGACUCCGUUCUCCGGAACAAUGGAGCGAGCAACCAACUUAUUGGAAAUCAUACAUACCGAUGUGUGCGGUCCAAUGAGUGUUGAGGCUCGCGGAGGAUAUCUGCGUGUUGGUGCUAAUCCAAUCGAGAGGGCACCAUGUCCCGGGAGGAUGGGUGCCCUCGAGAAAUCCAUCAGAGGUUUCGCAGAAAGAGAAGGUGAUCAUGUGGUGGAGCCUGAACUAGGGACAACAUUCGACUCACUGACAGAAGCGUAUGACUUCUACAAUUUGUAUUCGUGGGAGCAUGGGUUCGGCAUCAGAUACGACAAGAGCAGCCUGAACCCAGACAAGAGGAAAACAAUGCAAGAGAUUGUGUGUGGAUGCUCGGGGAAACCACUGAGGGAGAACUCACGAUCGUGUCGAUGCGAGUGCCGUGCUAUGAUUAGGUUGUUAAGGACGUCCGACAAUGGGUGGUACAUUACUGAGCAUAGAGUUAAGCACAACCAUGUGUUGACUCCAAAUUGUGGGGAGAUGUUGCACUGGCCUUCUCACAAACACAUAGACGUGUACACUAGGGACCUGGUUCGGAACCUAAGGAAGAACAACAUCAACCUAAGCAAGGUGUACAGCAUAAUCGGGGGGUUCUUUGGCACGGUCGAGAAUGUUCCAUUCACGAAGAGAUCUCUGAGGCACCUGUGUGGCCAGAUAAGCCAGGAGGAAGCUGACGAUGAUGUUCAGAAAACAAUUGAGGUGUUUGAUGAGUUAGGGUCAAAAGAUCCGGAGUUCUUAUUUAGGGUACAAGCGGAUGAACAGAAUCAGUGCCGGGCUAUGGAGGUGGCUAUUAAGAUUGUACUUCCGAACACAGUGCAUCGGUGGUGUAAGUGGCAUGUGUUGAAGAAAGCCAAGGAAAGUUUGGGCGCAAUGUUUGCGCAAAGAAAUGAGUUUAGGCAGGAAUUUCAUAAAGUGGUAGACCACAUGCUGAUGGUAGAGGAGUUCGAGGAGGCUUGGACACAACUGGUGGAGAAGCACAACCUGAAAACACACCACAUUCCGUGGACUCAGGGCGGUGUGGUGUUGCGAACGAACUCUUCAAUAGAGAUAGAUGCAAGUAAGAUCUACACGCGGGCAAUGUUCGAGCAAUUCGGGCAAAUCCUGUACGAGGCUGGAGGCUAUCGAGUAGAAGAGGUCGAGAAGCACUCUCUGUACAAGGCGAUGCACACCAGGCCAGAGAAGCGAGAGAAGUGGAGCAGAGUAGUUUUCAUGGUCAAAAUGCUAAGCGGUGGUGAGGAGUUCGAGUGCGAAUGUGGAUUGUUCGAGCACAUGGGCAUGCUGUGCUGCCAUGUUUUGAAGGUGAUGGACUACUUGGGGAUGACGACAAUUCCAAAGAAACACAUAGUCAAAAGAUGGAUGAAGGAUGCAAGAGACAUUUUGCCGGAGCACCUGCAGCACUACCAGAGAGAUCAGAUAACAACUAGCACGCUCACAUUCAGGCACAACCGAAUGUACGUGCAGGCGCUAGAGCUAGUCAGGUUGGGAGAUGCCAGUGUCGAGGCGUACGAUACUUUGAUGGGCUUGUUCAAGCAAGCCAUGACUAUGAUGGCACCGUACGACAAGCAGACGGACGGGCUGGGCCUGGAAGACCGUGGCCAUAACAGGAAGCAAGCGAAUGGAGUCGUCGGCAAAUGGGUUGAUGUGGCAACAAGAAAGAAUCAAGAUGAGGGGAGCGCUAUGGCGGGCCUCGAACCUCCAGCUAAGAAGAGGAAUGCAGGACGCCCAACCAAUGCUAGAGACAGGGCACCAUACGAAGGGCUUAGCAAGAGGAGCAGAUUUUGCAGCAUUUGCAAGGUGCCAGGACACAAGAGGACUACAUGCCCGCAACGAGGGGAUGCGCCGAAGGUGCCCAGGAAAGAAGGUAGAUGCAGCAACUGUGGUGUGGCGGGACAUAGGAAAAACACGUGCGACAGAGUCGGUUGCGACCAAGCUGAUCAGCAGCAGUAG